CCGAAGGCGCGCUCCUCCAGGCCGUGAGCGCGCCCCGGGGGCCGACCGGUCUGCUCCGGAGCGCGCCCCACAGCUCCGCCCUGUUUCAUAGCCGGCGGGCUUCGGCUCUAGCUGCCAGCGCAGGUCGGUCUGGUAAGGCAAAGCGGAGCGGAGAUCCUCAAACGGCCUAGUGCUUUGCGCCUCUGGAAAAAAAUCAGCAGUCUAAUUAAUUCCUCUGGUUUUAUUGGAGAGGAUUACCAAGAAUCUUCACUCCAGUCCCACAAAAGCUACGAAAACUUGUUUGAAAUGUGGUGGUUUCAGCAAGGCCUCAGUUUCCUUCCUUCAGCCCUUGUAAUUUGGACGUCUGCUGCUUUCAUAUUUUCAUACAUUACUGCAAUAACACUCCACCAUAUAGACCCGGCUUUACCUUAUAUCAGUGACACUGGUACAGUAGCUCCUGAAAAAUGCUUAUUUGGGGCAAUGCUAAAUAUCGCAGCAGUUUUAUGCAUUGCUACCAUUUAUGUUCGUUAUAAGCAAGUUCAUGCUCUGAGUCCUGAAGAGAACGUUAUCAUCAAAUUAAACAAGGCUGGCCUUGUACUUGGAAUACUGAGUUGCUUAGGACUUUCUGUUGUGGCAAACUUCCAGAAAACAGCCGUUUUUGCUGCACAUGUAAGUGGAGCUGUGCUCACCUUUAGUAUGGGCUCAUUAUAUAUGUUUGUUCAAACCAUCCUUUCCUACCAAAUGCAACCUAAAAUCCAUGGCAAACAAGUCUUCUGGAUCAGACUAUUGUUGGCUAUCUGGUGUGGAGUGAGUGCGUUUAGCAUGUUGAUUUGCUCAUCAGUUUUGCACAGCGGCAAUUUUGGGACUGACUUAGAACAGAAACUCCAUUGGAACCCUGAGGACAAAGGUUAUGUGCUUCACCUGAUCACUACUGCAGCAGAAUGGUCUAUGUCAUGUUCCUUCUUUGGUUUUUUCCUGACUUAUAUUCGUGAUUUUCAGAAAAUUUCUUUACGGGUGGAAGCCAAUUUACAUGGAUUAACCCUCUAUGACACUGCACCUUGCCCUAUUAACAAUGAGCGAACACGGCUACUUUCCAGAGAUAUUUGAUGAAAGGAUAAAAUAUUUCUGUAAUGAUUAUGAUUCUCAGGGAUUGGGGAAAGGUUCACAGAAGUUGCUUAUUCUGCUCUGAAAUUUUCAACCAGUUAAUCAAGGCUGACAGUAACAUUGAUGAAUACUGAUCAGGAAACAUGAAACAAGCCAUUUGAUAGGUUAUUUUAAAGGGUAUCAUCAAGAAGACUAUUAAAAACACUUAUGCCUAUACUUUUUUAUCCCAGAAAAUAAAGUCGAAGGACUGUGAUAUCAUACUUUUUAUACCUUAUUUAAGAGAAAAAAACAACCUGACGUGCACCAAGCAGUCUGCACAGCCCAGCAUUUCAGGUUUUGUAAAUCAUUGCAGAUCAUGUUUUGUUGGGAGCACUUUUAUAAGAGACAUUUUCCAUGACUAAAUAAUCAGCAUCGGUCAGUAAAUCCUUUAGAAUUGGGUUUAGAAAUGGGAGUUUUAUCAUAUUAAAUCAUUUCAUAUAGUCUUACAUUUUUUGUUGUUGUUCUGAAAUCUACCUGUAAAGGAAAGUACACCUGGAUUCAUGUGAGCUCUUUCAUGGCCUAAGUUUUGCCCAAGAAAUUUUGUAGGUAAUGAUUUUUUUUUUCUGGCCGCAAUGCCAGAUACUAAGCUAAUUGUUCUAUAAUACACAUGCUUGCAGUAGUUUCAUGAAAUUUAAAGUCUCUAGUAUGAGACUUUAAUCACCAGGGAAGGAGAGAGGUACCUAUAGGUAAAUUUACGUUAGUCACAUUUUAUAUAAAACAAAGGUUAGUAUUCAUAUAACAUUGAGAAGUAUGGGAAUAACAGCAGAUAUGAUUAAUAUCAAACAAAAGUCAUAACUGUAGUUAAGAGCUUCUUAGAUUUUUAUUUGUAGCAAGUUAUAAUUACUUGUAAAAGUAGUCUUGAACAGGUAAAUAUUGAGCCUUUUUAAUGGAAUGUAACCUUUGUAGAGCCAACAUUCUAAAGAACGAAAUUGGCAAUCCAAUUAAAAUAGAUGCAAAAUAAUUGUGAUACAUGCAUCUACAGAAACAUUUUUCUCAUUUUUUCUGGUUAUGCAAAUGAUUGGAUUGUUUCUCUUUGGAUCUCUAUAUGUACAGGUAAAGAAUAGUUUAUAGAUCCCUGCUAAAAUUAAAAAGAAAAAAAUGCUCAUUUGGAAAGUGUCCAGUGAUGAACUGGUUUGAAAAAUAAUCUUUGAAGAAGAUUAACCAGGUUUAUCUUUUUAGAAGAGAUGGUUCCCUGGCUAGAAGAAAAGAUGGUGAGGAAACAUUUAAACUGUCAAGUGGAGCAAUUCAAAGAAAAAUGCUUAUAUGGUGGGCCAGGUGCCAUGGGUUACACCUGUAAUCUCAGCACUUUGGGAGACCUAGGUGGGCAGAUCACCUGAGGUCAGGAGUUCAAGACCACCCUGGCCAACAUGGUGAAACUCCGUCUCUACUAAAAAUACAAAAAAAUUAGCUGAGCAUGGUGGCAGGUGCCUGUAAUCCCAGCUACUCGGGAGGCUGAGGGAGGUGAAUCACUUGAACCCAGGAGGUGGAGGUUGCUAUGAGCUGAGAUUGUGCCAUUACACUCCAGCCUGGGCAACAAGAGUGAAACUUCAUCUGAAAAAAAAAAAAAAGAAAAAAUGCUUAUGUGUUGGAGACCUCAAUUAUAAAUUAGUUGCUAGAUACAAGAAUCAAUAAAUAAUAUUUUUGAAGUCUUCUGGGCUAAUAAGACAGAAAUGGAAUAAAAUACUAUGCCUAUAUUAAACAGCAGUAAACCUAUGAGACUUUUCCCUAAACAUUGACUUACUAAAUGCUGACAUUGCUAGAAAUAAUUUGGAUACAAACCAUAAAAAAGUAUCAUGUCUUUGAAAAUCAUGGUGUAACACGCCUGCAAAAUGUCAUUUAGUCCUGAUUCCUAUGUCAAGGAAACUGUUGUUUAAGUUAUGAAGCAUUGUAGUGUGGGGAGAAGGAAAUUGAUAGAAUCAAAGUUUAUAAAAUUAUAAAAUUUGUAUGUGGAAGGUGGCUCAGGGAAAAACAUGGACUUUGUUCAUUCCUAGAACAUGAGCCUUAGCAAUACAAACCAACACAUUAAAGAAAUUGUUUUAAGACAAAAAAAAAAAAAAACUUUGAUAAUAUUGGAUUCCAUUAGUUAACGUUUACCGUUAGAAAUAACAUAGGCUAAAAAUGGUCAUACAGUUGGCUUACAUUAUCCAUGGCUUAGCUUUCUGCAUUUUCAGUUGUUUGCAGUCAACCAUGGUCGGAAAAUAUUAAAAUAAUUUCAGAAAGAAACAAUUCAUAAAUUUUAAAUUGCAAGCUCUUCAGAGUAGUGUGAUGAAAUCUUGUUGCCCUCCAGCCCAAGAUGUAAAUCGUCUCUUUUUUUUCUACAUGUCUAUACUGUAGACACUACCCAUUCAUUAGUCACUUUGUAGCUAUCUGACUUAUCAGAUGGACUGUUGCAGUAUCUCAGUGCUUGUGUUCAGGUAACCCAUAUUUUACUUAAUGCCCCAAAGCACAAGAGUAGUAUGUUGGCAUAUUUAUUAUAAUUGUUCUGUUUUAUUAGUUAUUGUUGUUCAUGUCUUACUAUGCCUAAUAUAUAUUAAACUUUAUCAUAGUUA